AGGUUUCCCCGGUUCAUUUAUUAUUUAAACGACAAUCUCAUUUAUAGCUUGGAAUUGGAGACCAAACAAUUAGAACAGACCCCAAAAACCAUCGAGAGCACGUAAUUCUCUGUCUUACAUCCAUGGCUAAACCAAACUCCAUUAAAAUACACGACGUAAGCACGGUUGUUCCUCCACCAGAUUCCCCGUACUCCACCACUCCAAACUCUCUACCCCUUACUUUCCUCGAUUUGUUCUGGUUAAGAUUCUCACCUACUCAUCGCAUCUACUUCUACCAAUCCCCAAUCUCCACCGCAGCUUUCUUCGACUCCGUCGUUCCAAAACUCAAAAAAUCUCUCUCUCUAGCCCUCUCCUACUUCCUCCCUCUCACCGGACACCUCAUCUGGCCCGAAUCAUCCUAUACGCCUCUCAUCCAUUACGCCCAAAACGACGGCGUUCCGUUCACCGUAGCAGAGUCCGAUGCCGAUUUCAACUACGUUUCGAGCACUGACUUCCGCGAUCCCACCGUCAACCAUCCUUUGGUACCGAAACUAUCGGUUUCCUCCGAGAGGGUUUCAGUUCUGGCACUUCAGGUGACUCUGUUUCCCAACCAUGGCUUUUCAAUCGGGAUCACAACCCACCAUGGUGUCGUCGACGGCAGAAUCUCAACCACUUUUACCAAAGUUUGGGCUCAAAUCUGCAAAUCUGAAGGUGGUCAGUUGCCGGAUCUGAAACUAUUGUAUGACAGAUCCAGUUUGAAGGCUUUCAACGGGCUUGAAUCGAUCUACGUUGAGUAUUGUUUAAGAAAUGGGGGUAGAAACUUGCAAAUCCAUCAAGAAUUGUUUAGUCCUCCUGAUUCAGUUCGUGGUACGUUCGAAUUGACUCGAGCUAACAUACAGAAACUGAGAGAUUUCGUCAAUGUGGAACUGGGGAAGAACAACGAAGCUGCUGCUCCGGUGGUUCACUUAUCGACUUUUGCAUUGACUUGUGCUUAUAUAUGGACUUGCUUAGUGAGAGCAGAAGAAGUAAGCCUAGACGUCGUCGUUUUGUCUUUCAACGUGGAUGGUAGGUUCCGAUUGGAGCCUCCUAUACCUGACUAUUUUGGAACCUGUCUUGGGGUGAAGGUUGCUGUUGCUGAAACAAAAGGCAUAUUGGGGAAAGGAGGGUUUGUUGAAGCGGUGAAGAAAAUCAGUGAAGCUAUAAAGAGCAUCGAUGAAGGAGUUUUCAAAGAAGCAGCAAAUUGGUUUCCAGAAAAUAACACUUUGCCGCCUUGUAGAAUAUAUUCGCUUGGUGGGUCUCCUAGAUUUGGGGUUUAUGGUACAGAUUUUGGGUGGAAUUCACCCAGAAAAGUAGAUAUGACUGGCGUUGAUAGGGGUGGGGCUAUUUCACUUCAAGACCGUCGAGAUGGUGAUGGAGGAGUUGAGAUUGGAUUUGUUUUGAAGAAAGAUUUAAUGGAAGCUUUUGCUGCUCUGUUUGCUAAAGGACUUGAAGACCACCCAUUUUAGUUUUUUCUUCUUUUUUUUAUUAUUAUUUAAAAAAAAAUAUUUUGUUUCUUAAAAUAGUAGGGAAAUAAAAUGGGUGUUUUGGAUGGUUGUGAGUAAAUGAAGCCGGUGAAGGUGAUAGAUAAUAUAUAUAUAUAUAUAUAAUUAAUUUUUUACCACAAUCAUGAGGGAGUAGGGAGAUAAGAACUUUUUUUAAGGUGAUUCGGCAGUCAAGGAAGCUAUGUUUGCUUGGUUGGAUAUGUAUCACUAUUGUAUCCGUUUUUAAUAUAAUAAUAGACAAUCCUUUGUGUUGUUUUCA